AUGACACCAGCGGCUCCGACUCCACAAGACAUGACCAUCCGCUUAUUUCAGUGCCAACUUGCCCCCUUUUCACAUGCUCCUCCCCCACUCCGCUGUAUCGCCAGGCCCUCGGUCCAUACAAGACUGCCGAUAGUCCUGGACUCUCUCGCAACUUCUGAUACAGACGGUACAUCGAGGUGUGGCGAACUGGUCUUUGCUUAUUCAGGAAAAUACCAGUUUUGGCAGGAUAUUUCACACAAACCGCCAGCCUGUGGCCUGUACUGUUUGCGUGCUGAUGUGUGA